UUUGUUACCACAACUUUUCUUUUACAGAACCACCGAGUUUACAACCAUACGAAUUUUCUAGUGACAUUGAGCUGGGUUCGAGAGUACAAAUCGUGUGUAAUCUCAAGAAAGGUGAUUUACCAGUUACCUUUAGGUGGAGCAAAGAUGGAAAACCACUAUCAACCAACGAACGAGUCACUGUCUCCAGUUUAGAUGCUUUUUCAAGUAAUUUACGAAUCCAAGAUAUCGUUUCUGAAGACGUAGCCAACUACUCCUGUACAGCCACUAAUUCAGCAGGAUCUGACAGUUUUACAGCUGCUCUGAUCGUUAGAGCGCCACCUUUCUGGAAACGACAACCAAAGAACACGGCUCAGGCUAUCUUAGCUACACGAACGUUGAUUGUUUGUUCUGUCGGGGGAUAUCCUGCACCUAGAGUCACCUGGAAAAUUAAAAAUCCUUCAGGCUCCUUCACUCCAGUCUCCAGGAGCUACAAGAUGAAAGUGUUGGACAACGGAACACUGCUGAUUAACGACGUUAAGGUGACAGAUUCAGGAAUGUACCUGUGUCAGGCUGAUAACGGAGUGGGGGAAAAGUUGGAGAAAGCUGUCCGUCUGUCUGUCCACGUUCCUCCAUCUAUUGAGAAAUAUAGCGAAAUUGUUACUGUGCAGCGUGGAUACACAAAGAGUGUACGAUGUGUUGUAACAGGAGAGCGACCUCUAUUGGUUAAAUGGCUAAAAAACAAUCAUGUGUUGGAACCCUGGUCGAACCGCCACGAAACUUACAGUAAAGAAACUACAGUUGGGACUAACUCUACUCUCGUCAUCAGAAGUAUUCAAACUCAAGAUGCUGCCCUCUAUACGUGUUCUGUAGAAAACUCAUUCGGAAAUGACAGCUGGAAUAUCAAGAUGAUUGUUAAUGAACCACCCCAGAGUCCAUCGAAUAUUUUUGUUGGAGACGUUCGUAGCCGAGUUGCUAAGGUCAGUUGGAGGUCAUCACCGACACGGUCAGCGGUCACACAGUUCAUUGUUCGCUUCUGGGAAUCAUCAAGAUAUUUCGGAGUGAAAAAGCUGGAAGAACAGGUUUUAUCUUUUGGUGAAACUAGCCUGUUGCUUCGAGAUCUCCAUCCUGGUACAGAGUACACUGUAGAGAUUCAGGCAGAGAACAGUAUAGGGCUCAGUGAACCUUCUGACCCUGUUACAUUUACUACACAGGAGGAAGGUAGGUGUCAGGUCUUCAUCCUG